AUGCCCCGAUACGUGUCGAAGUGAAGUAUUCGACUUACCAAUCCAGCAUGCGGACCGAACGAUUAAAUAACGUACCACCCGUUCCUCGAACUUUGGCAGGAUUAGCUAAUGGUUUGGCAGAUUAUCCACCCGUGAGAAACUAUUAUAGAGGAUGUGCACGGGGAACAGAUGGUUCGAUUGGUCUCGUUUUUAUUCACGAUAGUAUGCUUGAGCCCCUAUCAAGGUGCAGACAAUUAUACGCUGAUGGGACCUUUAAAAUAAGGCCAAGGAAACCCCACUGUGCGCAGGUGUUUAUCGUUCACUUUCGAAAGAUGAAUACAGGAUUUCCUGCCAUUUAUGUUCUUGCGAGUUCAAGAACCACUGCCAUGUACAAUGCUAUAUGGGAUAAAGUUUUUGAAAUCGUUCCCAAGAAGAAAUGUCCUGUAAUGGGUGAUUUUGAAAGAUCUCACAUAAACAGUGGUCGUGAGAAAUGUCCAACUGCAACUAUUUCCGGUUGUGAAUUUCACUAUAAGCAGGCUUUAGCAAAAUCUUGGAACGAAAAUAUCCCUAUGGAAUUCGAGUACAUCCUGGAGAGGGCUUAUGCGGUAGCACAUUUGCCUCCAGACAAAGUUGGAGAAGGAUUUAUGCACAUCACUAGCUUUGUUGAUAAUUUAGCAAAUGGAAAUGGCGUUAAUCCAGCUAUACUACAAAAGCUGCAAGAUUUUGCAGCUUACCUAAGAAGAUAUUGGCUACCAUUUGCUGAAGUAUUGUCAGUCUUCCAAAAACCCGUUAGGUCCAAUAAUACUUGUAAGAAUUUUCACUUGUAUGCAGCUAAGAAAAUGGAAAUACGUUCCAACGUUUAUAGAAUGUUAGAUGGAAUGGGGGCUCAAAUGGGUAAGACAGCAGCGAAUUAUGAAAUGGCUGAACGAGGUCUUAUAUUAACAGUUCAGCGACCAGCGCGUCUCGUAGAAGCUGACUUGGCUAUACAGCAAACUGAAAAUGAAUUUCUAUUGGGGCGUUAUGAUGUGGAAGAGUAUCUAACGCACAUUCCUGGUUUGAGACGUUAUCAUUUUGCAAGAGUACACGAAUACAAUGAGCGGAUUCGGCAGCCUCAACGAAGAGCGAAUGAACAACAUGAAGAAGACGAAGAAGAAAAAGAAGAAGAAGACGAAGAAGAUGAACAAGAAGACAACGAAGAUAAUGUACACUUUGAGAUAAAUGACAUCGCAUAUCUGAGAAACGAACUGAAUCCUGACGCUGGACCUGUGUGCAAUGUAUGCUACUCGAGGGAGCAUCUGCAUAAACUGCCAACCUGCCCUCACCGUAUCUGCAACAAUUGCAUACGGAAUCUGAUCAAACGGGAAUGUCCAAACUGUAGAACACCUAUAACAACUUAUUUACCUGAACAUAUGAUGGGAGGCGAGGUAUGGAAUCAAAACAUCCCGGCACAACUCCAGCACGAGUUCUAUGAACAAUUAUUGAGAGAUAUUGAAGAGAUGUAUUCCAAUUCUGACAUAGAUCUUUCUGAUAUAAAUGAUUGAAAAAUGAAUGAAGAAGAAGAGGACUUACAGGACAUCAUGAACAACAAAUAAAUCCAGGAUAUCACGGACGUGUAGGAAACCCAGGACAUGAAGGACGUCCAGGAGAUCCAGGCUAUUAAGGACAUCGAGGAGAUCGAAAACAGGACAUCAAGGACAUCCAGAAGGAGAUCCAGGGGAUUAAGGACGUCGAGGACAUCGGAGACAACAUAUAGGACAUCAAUGCCAGAGACGAAUCGCUAUUAUCCGGAAGUGGCUGCCAAGAUAGCGGCCUAUCUCGGCAGCCACUUCCGGAUACCUGUCACAAACAUAUACAUACGUGCAUGCACACGAACGCACGCACACACACGAGCAGACAUACACACACACACACAUGCCUAUUCACAUGCGCGAGCGCACGCUCCCAAGCAUAUACAUGAGCGCACAUACUCACACGCGCUCACACACACACAUGCUCACAUGUACACGCACACACGCACACACACAGACAUGUAAAAACACAAACAUGUUUUGAUGCGCGCGCCCACGCUCACACGCACAUAUAUGACCGCACAUCCAUACAUACACGCACGCACACACUCGCACACAUGCACAUGCGCACUCAUACACACACCCACACAUACGUACACAGGCGCGCGUGUAAACAGACAUACACGCACAUGUACACAUACGCACGCACACAUACGCGAGUGCACAUACUCACACAACCGCACACGUAGACACAUAUGCACAAAUGUAUACGUAAUACACACGCGCGUACACAGGGCUAUUAUACAUCGUUCCUUAUAUGUAGUAUACGUGUGUAUAAACGGACAGGGGAAAAGUCAGUGGGGCCAAUGUGUGGAUUGUAAGUGACUGAUGCAGGGAAGAGAAACGAAGUUGCAAUAUAUAAUUUUCCGGAUGUAAACAAUGAAGGUAUGCUUUCUGCAAUUUCAAGUUAUUGGAGUCGUUAAGUAUAAUUAUUCAACAACUCCAAGAACUUUUGUUUUCAUCAUGGAAGGUUAGGUACUGCAAGCCUGUUCGUUUCUCUCCCCUGCAUCCGUCACUAACAGUUUGUACGUUGGCCGCAUUGAUUUCCAUCCCGUACGUUUACGUAUGCGUAUUAUGCAUACCGAACGAUGUGGAAUGGCCCACACAGACAUAUACGCCCAUGCACACAUGUCGCGCGCACAUACACAAGCACACUGUGGAUUAGGCCUAUACCUUGUUGAAAUUUAAUAGAAUAUUUUAAAUAAUUCAGUUUAAUACAUUUCUUUUUUGCACCCUUUUCGUUAGUUUCUUUAAUUAAAUUAUAAUUAAGAUUUCAUUUAAAAUAAAUAAUUUCAGUAAGGCAAGGGAUACCACAUAAAAAAAACGCGCCUAUCUAUUUGCCUCACGGGUGGUGUGGAAAAGAUAGAAUAACACUUUAAAGCACACUUUGUAUAUUACAGUUUUGGUUAUGUUUGUAUAGAAUUGUAUCAACUUCAAAUGCUAUGCUCAUUAUAAAAUUACCCCAAAAUAGUGCUUGAAAGUGUUAAUGUUAACAAAUCACAUUAUACAUAUCUAUUUAAAAUUGUAAUUACAAAAUUCAUAUUUAUUAAAAUGAAGUUGUUUGUAGCUCUGUAAAAGAAGAAUAGAAUGAUAAGUCUCGAUGACUAAUUUUUAUAGUAAUAUCUUUCGUUUGUUGAUUAUAUUAGUGAGAAAUUGUGUACGACACGACCAAUACCUUAUUUAAGCUACUAAUACAAAUAUUCCGUAAAAUAUACAUUAUUAAAAUAUACAUUGUUGUAAAUGAAUAAAAAUAAUCCAUUAAAUUAUAAACUUACGUUACUUUUACUUGUCUCAUUUUUUCCUCUGUUCCUUUCCCCUUCCAUUAUUAUUAUUAUCAUAGAAACAUUUUUUGUACUCAUGUACUACCAUUUAAAAUUUCAGUAUUAAUAAAUUUUACUUAAACGUUAACUUAAAUUAAUUUUUGGAUUUUUCAAGCGAGAUAAAAAAAAUUUAAUAUGUAUUUCAAUUUUCAUAAAUAGCACAUUUCCGUCUUGAAUCAUUAAUUAUACAAAAUUGAUAAAUUAAGAUAUAUAAAAUAAAUUGAAAGCUUAAAAAUGAUUUUGAAUUAAGCUUAGCAAUACAGUGAUGAAAAAAAUGAAAAUAAAAAAUAGGUAUUUAGGGCGUCUAGAAAGUCAAAUCGAGUACAAUUGAAAACUUUUAAGAGGUUGUCAUUUCACGUGAUUUGAUUGUGCAAUAUUUAUUACUGUGGUUAUCUAGUAAAUAAAUAAAAUUUAAUAAAUGUGUACUCAUUUAUCACUAGUUACCUACUAGCUUGUUACCGACUCGCUUCUAAACUCAAUUUUUUCUGUGUGACACGCUCUUAAAUUAAGAAACUCCAUAAGUGUAUGAUCUUCAUUCUAAAACAAAUUUUUUAAUAAAACGCAAUGCGAAACGUGUAAGUAGCGCCCUCUAUGAAUGUUUGUAAUAAUUAUUAUAAUAAAAUAUAUUUUCUGCACAAUAAAAUAUGUUUUGUGCACAAUAAAAUAUAUUUUGUGCAUAAUCAAAAAAACUGUUGUGCACGAUAAUUUUAUUAUGUGCACAACAAAUAUACUAAAUAGAAAAGUGUGCACAAAGAUCUUGAACAGAAUUGUUUACUUCAAUUAUUGGUUCUGUGCACAAUAUUUUGUGUACAAUAUACGAACUUACAAUAUCUAAUUAAAGUUAUGUGCAUAAUAAAUUGGUUUGUACUUUGUGCACAAUACUUCAUUCGAAUAAUUUACAUUCUGCACGAUCCUUUGUAUACAAUAUAAUACAUUGACAGUUUAGUGUUGAUAUUAUGUGCAUAAUAAUUAUAUUUUAGUUUUUUAAUUCAACUUAAAAUAGUGUGCACAAUUAAAAAUGUAUUGUGCAUAAAAUUUAAGUCAUUAAUUUCUAUGCACAAUCAUUAAGUGCAUAUCCUUAUGUGCAUGAUAAACAACAUGUCAUUAAUUCUAGCUUACCUGCUGAUCUUUAAUGCUUGACCUUUUCAAAACUGAUUUCACUACAUUCACUAAAGUAUAUAUAAUGAGAAUAUAUGUAGAAACUUUUGUAAGUUACAAACAUUUGACAAUUCUUUAAAAAAUUUCGUAAAUUUUUAAGAAGAAAUAAGAAUCAUAAUACAGAGAUACAUCAGAUUUGUGAGAAUAGAGCCAUAACUUAUAGUUGCCAACAUUUUACCUUGUUAAAGAUUUUUUUCAAACUCAUUUCAGACCUGUUUAAUAAGUUUAACCAAACUUCUAAAGAAAUAGCUUUGACGCAAACGACGUGUCAAGAAAAUGCUACUGCAACGCGGUUGUUUACCGUGAUUCCAGCGUGACUAUGUAGUUAAAUAUUGUUACUGUAUAUUUGGCAAGCAGCAACAGCGUGGUAUGGGCUUUCGUCAGGUGUCACGGGUAUGCAAAGCUUGAGACUGCUCAGGCUUCCCGCACUGCCGAUCUCCAUCGAUUGUCUGACGCUCCGCCCGGCAGCUGCUGCAGCUCUUGCUCGAGCACGGACACGCGGACUUCUUCAGCUUAGUUUUAAGCGCAAAGUGUCGCCUGCUGAACGUAGAAGCGGCUCCGCGACCGUCGUUGCUGCACUCCCUAGCCGUGGCCAAUUAUGCUGUACCGAUGAUAUGUGCAGAGGCCUGAUCGAGUUGGCGUCGCAACAAACGUAUGAGGUCUCGGAUGAAGAGUAUAUAUUUACCGCUUAAAGCGCU